AUGCUCGCAGAACCCAAGUCAUCAGUAAUACGUGGGGACCGUAAGCACAUCACGUCCAAGUUUACGGAUGGGAGCGAGGUGAUUGAAGAGUAUGACGUGGUGACAGAUGCCUUGCUGUUGAGAAAGCGCCGCAGCCGCAAUGCCCUUGGCGGCUUCUCUGACUGGUCUAUAGAGGUCGGGACUGAGUCAUCAUCGCGCAACCUGGACCGGGCCUUGAUCGUAGAGUCGAGUGGAAGUCCGGUGGUAGUGCGACAGGACACGAGGGAGAGCUACGUGGUGCGAAUUCGCAAUCUCCCGUAUCCCAGAGAUGUGUUUUCUAUCACAAUCGAGCGCGAAGAUAGGGACCCUGUCGGCAAGAUCGUAGUGCGUACAUCAAACAAGAAGUAUUUCAAGAUACUUGACAUCCCUGACCUGGAGCGUGCGCGCAUUCCGCUGGUGAGCGCGCACCUUUCCUACGAUGUGCAGCACCAAACACUUAUCAUUCAGUACAAGAAGCCGCUGUCUGUGCUGACUGCUGAGGCUGCUGCACGGAAGGAGCGCGCAUCUAUGCCCUCGAAGCGCGUCGAUGACAGCAACCCCGACUGCAAGCAGCAGUAA